AUGCUUAACAGGUGCCGGUAUAUGUUUUCUUUUUCGGUGCAGCUCCUUUUUGUGCUGUUGAUAUGCUUUGACAGCGCGGCUGUGCACGCUGAGGAGGGAAAUAAACCAAAGGAAGCGCAAAUGCCACAGAGUGUCGAUCUUUUUGUGCCGCAUCGAACGAUUGUGGAAACGCAAGGUGAAAAUCAAAAGAGGGAUUCCUUUGCUUUCCCUUCCCUCGCCAGUGCAGAUGGAGUGUUGGUUUCUUUUGCCGAGAGUCACACCGACCUCCGAGUCUCCGGUGAGGAACAUGCUUCAAUCUAUUAUGCUGAUGUUGUGGCGGGGUACAUUAACUCUGCGGAGAACUGGUUGUCUUUUGUUGCUGAGGCCAAUGCAAACGAAUGGAAGGCGUACAGCAUCUUUAACACGACCACGCAAGAGGAAUAUGCCACCCUUGUGAUACGCGCGUUAAAACCCACAACAAUUGCGAUGGACAACAAGGUCUUCCUACUCGUGGGAGACUAUCAUCAGAAAUAUGAUCCUUCAUUGAGGAAGCAGACUGCACCCUCACAGGAUCUUUAUUUGCUCGUGGGUGAGGCCACGCAAGAUAAAGUCAUUCAAUGGGGCGAACCCACCUCGAUUCUAUCACAGAUCGAACCAUAUGCUAAUCAAAGUGGCGUGAACCGGUUUGGUGGUAGUGGUGGCUCAGGCAUUGUGAUGGAGGAUGGCACGCUUGUUUUUCCUGUGAUGGCGAGGAAUAAGGUAAAACAACUAUUUCUUUCCAUGAUCAUUUAUUCGAAGGACGACGGCAAAAAUUGGGUGCUUCCACACGGGAUGCUCCCCACGCGGUGCACUCGCCCCCUCAUCGUUGAGUGGGAGCAGGGGCAGCUUGUCAUGGUUGCCAAAUGCUUUUUCCUCACCCAGGUGUUCGAGUCGAGGGACAUGGGGGCAACGUGGACGAGGGCUGUCAGGACACUCACACGCGUGCAGCCCCUGUUGUUACCAGACGCUUGGCGAACAGCUAAGGUAGUGGGGUCCCUCACCACUGCGACCAUUGCUGGAAAGAAGGUCAUGCUGUACACUCAGAAAGAGAUUCCCCCUUGGGAGAUUGUGCAAGCCACCGCGCUCUACCUUUGGGUCACUGAUAACAACCGCACGUUUCACGUCGGGCACAUUUCCAUGGACACUGCAGAGGAGGUGGCGUCUGCCAACACCCUGCUGCAUUGUAACGAUGUGCUGUACCUUUUACAAGAGAGGGGUAAUGACAAGGCAAGCAGCCUGUUUCUUGCUCUCCUAACGGAACAGCUGAAGACGAUCACGUCCGUCUUGGAGACUUGGGCAAAACUGGACUCCUACUUCUCCGAGUUGUCUGUGCCCACGGCCGGUCUGGUUGGAUUCUUGUCGGAUGCAUCGGGUGAUGGAACUUGGAACGACGCGUACCGUUGCGUGAAUGCAACUGUGAGGAAUGCAAAGAAGGUCGAAAAUGGCUUUAAUUUCACGGGGCCCAAGUCAUACGCCAUAUGGCCUGUGAACGUGUGGAAGUAUCACUAUGUGCACAGCUUUGUGGAUUACGAGUUCACGCUUGUGGCGGCGGUGACGAUUCAUAAGGUUAUGAACAGGGUCCCUCAUCUGCUGGGCGCGUUGCUGAGCAGAAAGGAAAACUUAAUGUUUAUGGGGCUGUCGUACACGGCGGGGAAACAGUGGGGUACAGUCUUCAACGGCAUCACGACAAUAGCGCUCAAUAGUAGUUGGGAGCCGGGGGAGGAGUACAAAGUGGCACUCAUGCUGCAGGGCAACAAGGGCUCCGUGUACGUGGACGGCGUGCUUAUGGGGAGUUGCGACACACUACCAAUUCUUGAGGCACGGAGGCACCAAAUCGCACGCUUUUACUUUGGUGGCGGGAAAGACGGCAGUGCGAGAGUAAGGACCGUGUUUUUGUACAACCGCCCACUGAAUGCCAUGGAACUCAAAGCGGUUGACAGCUACAAUUCAUCUGGGAAACUUCCAGGUGACAGUUCCACGCGUGCUAAUGCGUUUCGGGUGUCAAUUCUGCUGCUGGUGCUAUUGGGCUUUGCGGCUCUGUGCUGA